CCUCUCUCAGUAUCUUAAGAGAGAUGAAAAGUUGUACUAUAAGUAUGGCCUGAAAGCAGCUGGUGGUGACCUGUCACCGAAGAGCCAUUUAUUAGGCCGGCCUCCUAACAUCGCACCCCCAUUUCCCACAUCCUCCUUGCCAACCCAUUCUUUGUGCCGGUUUUCUUGCAAUGGACGUUGAUCGUUGCAUUACUCUCCACAACGAAAUCCUGCGACAUGGCUGGAUCGGCCAUGGCAACAAUCCGGAACAGUUCGAAGCCGAGUGCCCAACUUGGACGGAGCAUUACGGUGAUACUGCCGAACAAAUUCGCCCUGAUCUCAACACCGAACUGUACGCAUUCUUAUCCGGCGCUCGUGUUAUCGUAGAAAGUCUAGACUUUCUCUUCUACUAUUGGGUUCGCGACCUAUGUUCACCAGGCUCGUUGUUCAAUUGUGAAGAUUUUUUCCCAAACUUUAUGGAUGAGGACCCGGAUCCCAAGCGAAUCGUGGUCCUCUUUUGGAUGAGAGAUGAGUAUAGUCAUCGCCUAGGAGUGUUAUUCGACCAGAAGACAAGCCUGGCCAUUAUCUGCCCGACACUAGACGAGGUAGAGGUAGUACUUAAUGGCCGUACGCCGUGGUAUCCGUUGGAUAGGCUCCUACAGGCCUGGCUAGAUAUGAUCGCCAACGGCAGUAUAAAGGCUGUACCUGACGAACAAGAGGCACAUGGCCGCCCCUGGGUGCUUGACUCUUGCAGCGAAAUCAUGAUUCAAAAGACAGUCAACGCUUUUGACCGACUGGUCCAGUCUAUAGAGGCUCGCCUCCCAGAUGCAGGUAGUCUCGCCGGCGAUACCACGAUCACCUAUGGUCUGCUGGACGACGAUGUCCUACAGCUUGCAAUUGAGAGUGAGAUCGUUGAAGGACAGGGCUUUGCAUUCGAGUUCCUGCGGCGGGCACGCCGGCCGAGAUUUUCCAGGAUCGCACCCGGGUUGGACGUCCCAAAUUCAGCGAAUUUCCUCCUACAGCAGUCGUCGGAGACGGAGGAGAGUAUGGAAGGGUCGCCGUCUGUAGGAACGCAGCUGUGGAAAGUCGUGGAGGGGUGGUACAGAAACGUACUGGGACGUCCGCAAAGUGCUAGUAAGGACGAUUCAAUAAAGUUGCCUAGCCUCCCAGCGCUGCUGUUGUUUCGCUCAAAUAGGGUGGUGGAUGAGAAGACGAUCAACUGCCGGGCUUCGGGUCCAUAUGACAGGCGUCGACGUGGCUGGGGUUCAAGGUACAAUGCAGGAUUGUACUUGAUCCCCCUUGGUUGCAGCCGAUUCGAAGAUGAGUUCCAGCUCAUACUUCCCUUUGGUAUCGGCGCCAAGGGGUAUGCGCGAAUGAGUGACGGUUCGCGAUUUUGCGAAAACACCGCCAGCCGUGACCCUGAGAUGGCAAUGAGCAAUAUGGAUACCUUUGCAGACCUCUAUAGACCAGGAUACCAGCCAUUUGAGGAUUUCCGGGAACAUAGGCUUUUUACCUUGUUGGAGAAUUGGCGCGAGAGGGUUGAGUGCGGGGAUUGGGACAUUGGCGAGGAUGGGGUUGAGGGAAGUAUGGAGGUGUGGCGGGAGGCGGACACGGAGCAUGGGUGGCAGAAGUACGUGCUACCAGUUGGCUAG